GAAAUCGCGUGGGAUUCGACUCGGGCCGUCGGGGGUGAUCGGGCCGGGACGGUGUAGAAUCGGAUCUUGGUGUUUUCUAUGCUGGCACGGAUAAAGCAUAAAUGCCCGACUGCGAGGAUCGUACCAUUGUCUCAGUCUACGACGUUGCAACAACUAACUUCGCUGAGCUGAGGAAAUCUCUGAGAGGACAGCAAACUGCCGUGUUUGGCAAGGUAAUAAGUUGGUGGCAUUGUAAAUUCACCAGUCACUUAGUGGCUAGUUCAGGUGAGUGCGACUAGCCGAGAUGGCCAAAGCAAGUGUGGAGUUUAGUGACUGGCAAGAGACAUGCCGUCAACAUCACACGGACCGAUUUCCAGUGAACGAUGAAUGGCGCGUGGCGCGGCGUGGAGAAAACCUACGAUUGAAGAUCGUCUGUGGCGAGGGGCAAGUCGUGGUGCGGUCCGUCAGUCUACAGCGCUUCUACGAUGGCUUCAUGGAGGAGGUUCAGUUUCGCGCCCUCAGCCAGGGCGAAGUUGAAAUGAGUUUUCCCGCCACUCUCCCGCUGGGUGUGUACACUGUAGUAGUCCGCACUGCUUUUAGUGCUGCGCCGAGUGACGUAGGUGGUGCAGCCGGCGGUGAAGCCAGCGCGGCUAAGAGCUCAAUUGAGAGCUUUGACUUGCCCCAGCGCCUGCUCAUAGUGGCCAAUGCUUGGAACGAGGACGAUGAAGUGUACUUGUCAGUGGAAGCAGAGCGUGAGGAGUAUGUGCUCAGCAGUUAUGGACGUGUGUAUGCAGGCAGCAAGCGCGGCAUGCCCUGGUCGUUUGGCCUGUACCGUGAGAGCAGUGUUUUCGCCGUGUCCGGCCUGUUGGCAAAGUGCACGGACGAGGACCGCAGCUCCAUCCCCCGGCUGUGCCGUCGCAUGACAUCGCUGUGCAAUUCGGCCGAUAACAACGGCGUGUUGGAAGGCAACUGGUCGGGCGACUACAGCGACGGCACCAAGCCCUGGAUUUGGCAAGGGUCUGCAGCCAUUCUUGAGGAGUAUGUAAACAACGGCGAACAGCCCGUCAAGUUUGGACAGUGCUGGGUGUUUUCUGGUCUCUACACAACUGUUAUGCGCAUCCUUGGCAUUCCUUGCCGCUCAGUGACCACCUUUGAUUCAGCCCAUGACACCGACUUCAACAGGAGCAUCGACUCGUACUUUGACGAGGAUGGAGAGAGUCUUGAAGACAUGACUGCUGACUCGAUCUGGAACUUCCAUGUUUGGAAUGACUGUUGGAUGAAGCGCCGCGACCUGCCACCUGGCUACGAUGGCUGGCAAGCUCUGGAUGCCACUCCGCAGGAGGAGAGCAAAGCGGCCAGAGAGCGGCGCAGCAUUUUCCGCAUGGGCCCAGCGCCUCUCCAUGCGGUCAAGCAGGGCCUGAAGUGCAACUAUGACACGGACUUUGUCAUCGCCGAGGUGAACGCUGACAUUCGUGAGUGGGUCGUGAAAGAAGGUGAGGACAUGGAGCUCUCCAGUCACAAGAAAGGCGGCGUUGGCUCGGCUGUGGUCACCAAGCAAGUCGGCAAUUCACGCGUGCAAUACAUAACAGAUGAGUACAAGUACAAGGAAGGCACUGUGGCUGAGCGUGCCACCCUCCUUUCCACUGAUAGCGAGUCCGAUGAUCACGGCGUCACGUUUGAAGUGCUGAAGCCGUCCUGGGAGAACCUGCCGGUUGGUGCCAAGGUUCGCCUCGGUGUCAAGAUGGAGAACAAGAGCGACACGAGCCAGAAGAUUUCCCUGCGCUUCCACGCUCGACUGUGUACAUACACGGGUCGUGUUCUGAAGAAGCUGACGCCGCUUUCCAAGUCCAUUCAGCUGGCAAAGGACGGUGAGCGAGAAGUGGAGACUGUGAUCACUCCGGCACAGUAUCUGAACGAAUUCCAAGACAGGGUUAUCAUGACCUUCAGUGUCUUUGCAAAAAUCGUGAGCAAGGAGUCGAAGACGAGUGCGAAGACAUUCACCAGAACUCACAGCAUCAUGCUUGAGCCUCCAGAGAUCCGUCUCAGGGUGGCGGCAGAAGUUGGCCAGGGAAAAAUGGCAUCUGUGCAAUUUGAGAUGCUGAACCCGUUGCGCACUAAUUUGACAGACAUCACUGUGUCAGCAGAGUGUGACGGGCUUUUACGCCGCCCGUUGGAGUUGUCCAUGGGCAGUCUCGGUGCAGGAGAGACCUUGUCCGGGUCGUUCGUCAUUCGAGGCCUAGAAGUCGGUUCCCAUGAGCUGAUGGUUGGCGUGAGCUGCGAUCAGCUGACUGGCAUCAGGACGGCUACGGAUAUUGAUGUUGUCAGUGUUGUCACCAACACGCCCGUGCUGUCCGAGACCGACGAGAUUGACAUUGUAGACGUUGAUCUGAAGGUGCCACAGAACAGGAUAAGUCACCAUACAGAAGAUUACGAAGACGAUCAGGUACUCAUCCUGCGGCGUGGCCAGCCGGCCAUUGUCGAGAUGGAGCUGAGCCAGGACGUGAAGAAGGUCACUUUCGCGGCACGGUUUACAUUGAAGAAACGUGUUGGAGGUCGUAGGACUGUUAUCACGAAGCUACUGCAGAAUGUGCCGGUGCAUGACAAGAAGAUUGAUGUGUCCAUCUCCCUUGAUGCCAACAUGCCAGUUGGAAGAUAUUCAGUGAUACUGGGUGUUCAGACGCCGAGUAUGCACUCCGCAUCACUGGAGCUGGAUGACUAUGUGACUGUGCUGUUUAACCCUUGGUGCUCAGAUGAUGCUGUGUACUUGGAGAGCGAGGAAGAGCUGCGAGAGUACAUCCUGAACGAGAGUGGUGGCAUCUGGGUGGGCAAGUACCGGCGCAACCGUCCCAUGAAGUGGGACUUUGGACAGUUUGACAUGUCAUCCUUGGAGACGGCUCUGUUCUUGAUUGAGAAGAUUCCCAACAAGUUCCGGCAGGACGUUCACAUGGUGACUCGCUACUUGUCAUCAGCUCUGAACAGUGAGGAUAACGAUGGUGUGCUCGAGGGGAACUGGAGUGGUGACUAUUCCGGCGGCACUCCACCCACCGACUGGAUUGGCAGUGUGCAGAUCUUUGAGCAGUACAUGAACUCCAGCCGAACGACAAGAAAGAAGCCUGUCAAGUACGGCCAGUGCUUCAUCUUCUCUGGAAUUCUGACAUCUGCUCUCAGAACGCUGGGCAUUCCAGCCCGAUCAGUGACGAACUUCCGGUCGGCUCACGACACGCAUUUCAACCGUGCCAUCGACUACUAUCUGGACGCUGACGGUGACCCAGUGGAGGACUUGAACGGAGAUUCCAUUUGGAACUUCCAUGUGUGGAACGAGGCAUGGAUGAAGAGGCCUGACUUGCCGUAUGGAUUCGGUGGCUGGCAAGCGGUGGACAGCACUCCACAGGAGCUCAGUGACGAGAUCUUCUGCUGUGGACCAGCACCGCUGAAGGCAGUCAAGAUGGGCAAUGUGGUGAACUACGAUUGCAAUUUCAUCAUUGCUGAGGUGAACGCAGACCAUCGGCUGUGGGUUGCAAACAAGGCAGGUGAUUACACUCUCAAGAGGGUCUUGGCAUCGCAUGUUGGAAAGGAGAUUUCAACCAAGGCGCUGGGAUCGCUGGAACGCAUGGACGUCACUCAUCUGUACAAGUUUGAGGAAGGCUCCAUCGAGGAGAGGGCUGCACUCGGGUCCAAUGUGGCCGUGGGCUCCGUGGAAGGCAAGGACGAUAGCGCCGCACCGAGUGACGUUGAGUUUGCCAUUGACGCUCAUGAGGCCAAGCUUGGCGAGGAUAUCCGUGUCGACCUGGGCUUGAAGAACACCAGUGAACACCAGAGAACCUUCCACUACCGCGUCACUGCUUCACCGUUGCUUUAUACCGGUCGCAGUCAGGGCAAGCCGUUCUACGACACUGGCAUGAUGCAGGUCACUAUUCCAUCUCAUCAGGGUGAGAGCACAACUGUUUCCAUCGCUCCCUCUCAGUACCUGGGACAUCUUCCACCUCACCAGCAGCCAUGGCUGAAAUUCGUCUUCUUCGGACGCGUGGAAGAGACUGACCAGUGCGAUGUGCAAACGGACACGAUAGAGCUCCUACUGCCAGAGCUGAAGGUUGAACUGGCAAGCAGUGGUGGUGUCAACAACGAAGUGCGUCUCGGACAGCCUGUCGAGCUCAGAAUCUCCGGUGACCUGUCGAUUGGGGCUCAGUCACGGCCCAUACACGGCGCUGUGCUUUCCUGGCAUGGCCGUGGUCUGGCCAAAAACCAGAAGAAGGCAUUGGGUCCCAUUGACCGCUCCAAGCCAUUCAGUGAAGUUGUUAGCAUUACACCGACACUGCGUGGACGGCACUCGCUUGUCGUCGGUCUGGCUAGUCCAGAGCUCGUCAACGUCGAUGGCUCGCUGGACCUCAGCGUUGUCUAGGCUCUCAGCAGUCAAUAUGAUGUGCUUCUUUUACCGCCUCAGCAUGCUCUACACUGUCAUUGUCCUCAAGAUACCUAGAGCCACUGUCCUCAGGAUACCUGGAGUCAGUGGCAGCCAGGCUGUCCUCUGUUCUCCUAUCUCAAUGUGAUUUUCUUUUCCACCGUUCAAGUGUGCUACUCUUUUCAUUCUGAUAUCAGCCGGCGCUGUCUCUGGCCAUCGCUGAUAACACUCUCCCUACAUGUAACCGUUUUAGUUAUGUUUACAGGUUUCCCUAGGUUCUAUUUUUAGAAUGCAGUCAAUGUUCCUCUCCGGGCUUGGGAGUCGUGAGAGGUAGGCAUUUCCCUUGUGCAGUGUGUUAGUCGGGCUAUACGACUUUGGUAAAAUCAAGCACGCUUCAAUGCACUGUUCUGACUUAGCUUGGUGUCGCUACUGCUGUUGCUAGGAAUCUAGGAUAGUCUUAGGCUUAGCACAAUCUUUCAUUCUUUGUUUCAUUUGCUUUGCGCGUGUGUUUAGGAAAAGGAAUUUUCUGCUGCUGCUGCUGCUGCUAUUCUUGUCAAUAUUUCUUUUGGGACAAAGUCAGACGUUUUGGUCUAAUCUGAAUCAUUGCGCGUUCAA